AUGAUCGUAAGUUUAACUCAAUUACUCAAUUACAUUACAAAGAGGUAUAUGCAGCAACACAGUGAGGUGGAGCUUUCCGGACUUGGCAUGGCAAUCUCAACAGUUGUCUCAGUUGCUGAAAUUCUGAAGAACAAUGGAUUUGCUGUUGAGAAGAAAAUCAUGACAUCGACUGUGGAGAUAAAGGAUGAUUCUCGGGGAAGGCCCGUUCAAAAAGCCAAGAUUGAAGUAGUACUUGGGAAAACAGCAAAUUUUGAUGAGUUAAUGGCCGUGGCGCAAGAGGGUAGGGAGAAUGGAAAUGAUGAAGAAUAAGCCUAGUCAGAGUUGAUGUUUCAAGCCGUCUUCUCUUAUUAUGCCUACUGUUAUGGAUGUCGCAUGUGUUUUAGUCAUGUAAAAUGGCAUAAGAGGAAGUCUGAAUAAUGGCUUAAAGUUUUGUAUCAAAUUGUUUCUUGAAUUUGUUGUGGUUAAAGCUUUUGCUUUAGGUGUAGCUAUUCUUUCAAUGUUGUUCAUUAACCCUUUAAUGGAAUUAUAUGCAGUGGAAUUGUGUUUUGUUAGUGGAUUUAUUGUUUUCUGUGA